AUGUUCAAGCUCGGCAACGCGUCCUACCGCGACUACAUCCCGCUCCCCCGCUGGGAGGGCGAGGCGCGCGGCGGGGGCGGGCCCCGCCGCGACGCCGCGAGCCCGCGGCGGCGCGCGCUCGUGUUCGGGCUCCUCGCGGCGUCGCUCCUCGUGAACGUGCGGUUCGUGUGGGUGCUGGCGACGGCGUGGCCCGCGCCGCUCGACGACUACCAGGGGCUUCGACCGCGAGCCCUCGCAUCCACCCGGCCCGUGAACCCCCAAGACCACGCGAUCGUCACCGGGCUUUACACCGACGCCUUCGCGAGCGCGCCCACGCCGAUCGAGCGCAUCGCGCCCCCGCACGCCGGCGUGCACCGGCACUUCCUCGACCAGUACUCCAAGCUCCAGCUCUGGACGCUCGACCGCAAGGGGUACAAGGCCGCCGUCUACGUCGACGCCGACACGCUCGUCAAGCGCUCCUUCGACGAGCUCUUCCGCCUCCCGUACACCUUCGCCGCCGUGCCGGACGUGUACACCUCCUCGCCCGGGUACGUCACCGCCUUCAACGCCGGCGUGCUCUUCCUCCGCCCGGACUCGGCGCUCUACGCGGACAUGGCGUCCAAGAUCGCGUCCGCGCGCUAUCCGCCGAAGGAGGCCGAGCAGGCGUUCCUCAACCUCUACUUCGGCGCGGAGGCGCUCCGGCUCCCGUACGCGUACAACGCGAACCUCGCGAUCCGGCAGCGCACGCCCGCGCUCUGGGACGCGCUCGCGCGCGAGGCGCGCGUCGUGCACUACACGAUGGCCAAGCCCUUCCUCCAGGGCGACUACGAGGAGGUGCCGCUCGCGGAGCUCGAGCGCAACGCGGCGCGCGUCGCCCGCCAGAAGCCGCUCUUCCGCAAGGAGAUCGACGAGUGGGUCGCGGCGUGGGGUGCGACCAAGCGCGCGUACGGGGCCGAGCUCGAGCGGUGCGAGGGGCUGUCGCGCAAGCCGGGCGUGCACGCGUAG